CCCAAAAACCUGAAUUAAAUAUGGGAAAACGUGGGAGACCGAGGAAAGAACUGAAAUGCGAGGAGGACGAGUUGGCUGCUUCUCCUGAACAGCAGCGAGAAGACCUCGCAGGAGAAAAGCUCAGGUGUCCGUUCAGUGACAUUUUCAACACCAGCGAAAGCUCCAUGGAAAAACAGAUCAACACUUUUCUGCAGAAUGUGCAGAUUUUACUGGAGGCCGCCAGCUACCUGGAGAAAAUCGAGAAAGAAAACAAAAAGUGCGAACAUGGUUAUGCCUCAACCUUCCCCUCUAUGCCGAGCCCUCGGCUGCAGCACUCAAAGCCACCGCGGAGGUUGAGUCGGGCACAGAAACACAGCAGCGGGAGCAGCAACACCAGCACUGCCAACAGGUCUACGCACAAUGAAUUGGAAAAAAACCGGCGAGCUCAUCUGCGCUUGUGUUUAGAGCGCUUAAAAGUUCUGAUACCACUAGGACCGGAUUGCACCAGGCAUACGACCCUUGGCCUGCUGAAUAAAGCCAAAGCACAUAUCAAGAAACUUGAAGAAGCCGAGAGGAAGAGCCAGCACCAGCUUGAGAACCUGGAACGAGAACAGAGGUUUCUGAAGAGGCGGCUGGAACAGCUGCAGGGUCCCCAGGAGAUGGAGCGAAUCCGAAUGGACAGCAUCGGAUCAACAAUUUCUUCAGAUCGUUCUGAUUCAGAGCGAGAAGAGAUCGAAGUGGAUGUUGAAAGCACAGAGUUCUCCCAUGGAGAAGUGGACAAUAUCAGCACCACCAGCAUCAGUGACAUUGAUGAUCACAGCAGCCUGCAGAGUAUUGGGAGUGACGAAGGUUACUCCAGCGCAAGUGUCAAACUCUCAUUCGCCUCCUAGAACCCAGCAGGAUACAUCAGGACAGGGCAGAUCAUUCAGUGGGCCAAUCCAAUCCACGUUGUUGCUUAAAUUGGGUUCAUGCUGCAGUCUCCUCUUUCAAAAAACUAUACUUGAACCAGUAACAUUGCACAGAUCCAUAAUUAAAUGUCUCCUUAGCGGUAAGCGGGGCAGAGACUCCCCCAGGAGCACAGAUGUGUCUGUGGGUUUGUUUCACAAAAUCCCAAUUCCGUGUGGCAGCAGAGGAUUGACAUUAAAUUUCCUUCUUCUGCUUUAGUUGAUUUGAAAGAGGAUAUUGGAGACUUAACCCCCUCCCUCCCUCCCUCCCUCUCUCUUCCCAGUUGGCUCACACUACAUUCAGGGGAUAGAUUUAAAGACUUCUUGAGCUCUAUGGUCCUAAGACAGCAAAAUAAAUACGCCCUUGCUCAUGAAAAAUUAGAACAAUCAGGCAUUUAAUUGUGUGUGUGGCAAAAUGCUAUUGCAGCUCUCUGCCUGAGACACCUAUCGUGAAACCUGUGGAUAACAAUUGUUUUUAAUGCUCAUUUCAUGCCCUGCCAAGGAGAGACUCCCAGGAAGCAUGUUGAGAGGGAUCACCCUUCCGCUCUGGUUUUGUUGGGCUCCAUUUUGAAGCCAGUCACCUUUCCUGCACUGCUAGCACUAGGGCACCAAACUCAUUUUUACCAGCACUUGGUGGGGCUGAACAAUGGAGAUGGUUGAUGGCACCUUUAGCGACACUCCACUGCAAGUAGUUUGGAGGACGGAAGCGGGGACGGGGGGAGUCAAAACAGCAUCAGUGUCUAUGUGAGCCUGAAGAGAGAUGCAGGCAGGCAGGGUCUGAGCCACUGCAACAUUUUUAUUUCCGAUUUUGAUAAAUGUUUGUAUGUGUUGAAAAACCAAAAUGACAUCUUUUUAAAGCUUGUCCAUAAGAAAUAUAGAUGUCUUUUAUAGUGGAAAAACACAAGGGGGAAAAAUCAUCUAUUUUGAUGCAGCAUUUGAUAAUUAUAAAACACGUAACACCUCACUCUUUACAGUGCACAAAACAAAACGAAUGAGGUUUGGACUAGAUGGAAAAGGUCAGAUAUAAUGUUGUAGUUUCCUAUUAGAAUCAUUCCCUUUUUGCCAGUUUUUGACCUUCUGGUAUCUUCAGUAGUAGCACUAUCAUACGAAUAGUUAACAUAGUUAAGUUCAGCACUUCUCAUAUUAAUACAAAAUUUUGCCUUCAUUUUCCCAAGGGCAGUCUCUCUCUUUCUCCUCUUCCCCUCCACCUUCCUCUCCCCUUGCUCCCCAGUGUGCAGGUGCUGUUACCGAAUUCUUUCAGAAAUAUUCUCAUUUUUUCAAACUGAGAUUUCUAACCUGCCCUUUGAGGUCUCAUUUUCCUUUUGUCUUUCCAGUUUCCAGGCUUGCCCAUGGCCCUCCUUCCCCGCCCUCACCUUCACCCUCAGCGAACAUUUUGGGAGACCUCACCUCUGGCAUUGUUUGAACUUUGUAUACCUUAAAUAAUUUAACUACUCCUAAUUACUAAAAAUGCUUUAUGAAUUUCGUAACUUAUUGCUGAUUAUAAUGGGUUGUUCAUUUCAGUCCUGUAGACUUAUUUUAUGUUUUAGAUAGAGCAGGGCAAGAAAAAGCAACACUGAAAAAGAAAUAAAGACAACCUUAUUUAGCAGUGCAGUUGAGUUGUGUGUUAAUGUUAGUCUAUCCUGUAAAAGUAGCACUUUAACAACAUUCACCACGUCUGUGAGUGUGAAAUGUAUUGUGGUCUGCCAUCUUGGUCGUACAUAGGACCUUAGCAUACACGUGUACUUCUUGUGCUCUUCCUGUGCCUCAAAGAUAUGAUUUACCUUAAGUAUGUGAAAUGACCAAGUGGAAAAAGGUCCUGUAGAGCUCAAAUAUGAGUAGGAAAUUAGAACUCCAUUAUCAAACCACAAAGUCCAUGAGAUGUUGUGAAAAACAUGAUCGAUGCCUAAUUCAGGGCAAAAUGCAUUUUUUUGCGAGCCAGGCAACCUAGUUCUGGUUUUAUUGUCAUCAUUUGUCUGGAUCAGGUUAUUGUUGUAUAUCUGCUUGCUGGUGUCCUUGCUGACUGCAAUAAUUAGCGUAGAAAUCAAACAGGAGCCAUUGACUGAGCAUAUAGAGGUACAACUUGACCCUUAGUUGAGUCCCACGACUGGAAUGUGAGACAUUCUGCUGAGCUUAAGGUUCCCUCCUCGCCACCCCCCUUCCCCCCCACUUUUUGUUGCAUGCCCUCCUAAUGCAACUGCAAGAUGGCAGAUAGGAAGACCUCUGUGGUGAAUGCUCACUACGCAUUUCAACUGCCCCUGGAUUACUUCCUUCCCUUGGGUCAUUUCCAUUGGGGGGGGGGGAACAUUUGUAUGAUGAAAAAAGUAUUACUUUUUUUUAAAAAAAGAUGACUCAAUUUUGAAAACAUAAAAGUUAAAUUACCGAAAAAUAAAAUUGUGACUAAAGACCAUCCAAAUGUUUGUUGUACCAUGUUUCUCUGUGAAAGUAACAGGACCCGAAACUCAGAUCCUUUGGACUCAUGCUAUGAAGUAGUAUGUUUUCCCUUGGAUAGCUCAUCUUUCCAAUGCAUAUGUGUCAACUAUAUAUUUAAAUCAGGACAGAGCGACAUUUUCAGCUCUGAAUUUGGAACUAGUUCUUACAUCUUUCCACCAGAGGUAUGCACGGAAGCACCUGUUGUUCUCAGCACCUGUUGUUCUCCUUGUCUCUUCUCCUCAUUGCUUUCCAGAGUGGUCUUUUCAUGACCAAUUAUCAGCUCAACCCACCUCAUUUAGAACCUAGUCAUUAACCCAUUGCUAUCACAGAAAUGCACCGUGAAAUUUAGUGAGUGGUGAUUUUUAAUGUACAUUUUUCAUCUUCCAAAGAGGGACUAAACCGAGACAGUGAGGCAAACAUCUUGUUUGUUAUGGGUGGGGUGCUUGGUGAAUCCACCAUUACCAUCAAGGCAUUUUGCAUGUAAAGAUUCAUCAUUUGCAUUCUUUUGCCUAUAAAAAGUGGUGGUUUAAAAAAAAAAAAAGAUGUGAACACACAAACUACGUUCCCUUUUAAAAAAAGAGAAAACGUCAUUUUAAAGUGCAGACUGCCAAAAUUAGUCUGGGGUUUUGGGGUUUAAAAAUAUAGAUGAUUGUGGAUUCUUGUGAUUGUUUCUAGAUUUUUCAAGUGAAAGAGAAAGGAAAGCACUAAAUGGAUUAGUCAGAAUCAAUUCCAUUGACUGUAGAGCUACCUUGUUUGUAGUUCAGUCUUGUCAACCCUGUUGAAAUUACACAGGUCAUUCAUUCUUUAAGAAACUUGCUUCUUCACACCACUGAUGUGCAUUUGCAAUUCCUGGGAACAUCAGACCUGAAGGAAGGAAGUGGUUAUUCUCUAACAUCCCUAGACUGUCGCCUUCAUUCCCUUGGUGAUUUUUACUUUUUAGCAUGUCCUUACCUUUUUAUGGUGAGGUCUAUAUUUUUGAACUAAAAGAAGUUUUAUCCAUUUCAUCUUCAAUAGAAUUUGCAAGAAUUGGGGAAAAUAACCAAGGAAGGGCAUUUUGUAUGGCAAUUAGUUUCCUGUAUUGGUUUUCACUCCUUUUCAAGCUGGUCUUCGUAGCCAUGUGAAUUGUACCUCUUGUGAAGUCACCUCAGGUUGCAAGUAGAUUUUAAGUAAAAAAUAUAGCAACAAUUAAAACAACUUAAAAGUCUUGGGGAAAAAAAUGGUACUCAAGGGUUUGUUGGUUUCCAAGUAUCUUCAUUCCAAUCCCUAUAUCAGCUGCAGUCAACUUAGAACCAGAAAGGUAACACUCAAGGCAAAGGGGCUGGACCAAAGUGAUACCCAUUGCCUGGUCCUGGUAUUGAGUUCCAGCUAGCAUGGUGAUUCAUUCUUCUCUAGGCUGACUUAGUUGCAGGUCUGAAGCUUCAUCUGUGAUUCUUUUCUUCUUCUGGGCUUGGAUUUUCCCUUGUCUGAGACUCACUGCAUUUUGCUGAACUUUUACUGGGAAACUUACCAGUUGACUGAGGAAAAAAAUUGUGAAAAUUGUGUCCUAGAAAGAGACCCUAAGAAAAUAUUCAAGUUUAGCUAAUGGCACUUGAUUGAAAAACAAAACAAAACCUGUCUUCCUUCUCCUUAAUGAGCAGGAGUGGAUUCUUCUGGCCUAGCUCAUUGCUGUCACCAAGCUAGAAACUAAUUAAAAGUUGGGCACUCAGAAGUACCCAUUUUCCUAAAUCCAACAUAGUUUAAUUAAAAAAAAACCAAGGAAUUUCAAAUGAAGAAGUAAAAAUUCAUCUUCAAGUUUGUUUCUAACCAUCUUGAUGUCUGGUUCAACCAACCCUUGAGACGUAGUAUGAGCACCCUCAACUUCCUAGUGACGGGUCUAGCAUGGUGGGGGUGGCAGGUUAAAAUUACUGUUCCCACAAAGACAUCAGGUUUUCCUACAUUAACAGAUUAGAAGAUGGAAAAGGCAAGUCUCAUAACAGCUCAGCACUUUCAUCUUUCUUAAACAUUUUGCUUCUAUUUAUUCCUUUGUGUCAGCAAAGCCAAAGAAUUUCUCAAAUAUCAUACCUAGUUACAAGUGCAUAAGCUUUUAAACUUUAGCUAUCAUUAGAGUGGAAAAGAUCCAUUUAAGGGUUAUUUAGUGACUGGAAUUACAGCUUCCUAUCUGCUAAGAUCUCUUGUGUGACAACUGCUGCCCAUUGUUUUCACAUCUAUUUGUGUUCUAUGCAGUAACUUUUAAUUCAAAAAUCCUAGUGUAAAAGAUGUUUAUGUUGGUGUUGAAAUUGUAUGUUAAUAUAUUCACACUAAUUUCUUAAUCUUCAUUUGGUGGUUUAGUGAUGAGAAACAUAGGUAAAACCUGGCUACAAAUCAAGGGAUCAACAAUGACUACAACUGAAUGUUGCAUAAACUAAUUUGCAUUCUUCGGGUGAUUUUUCUGGGGACUGACAGUUUGUGAUGCUUCUUGUGACGCUUUAACUGGGUUGAUGUCCUAAGCAAGUUCUACUUACCAAAAGGCAAAUCAAGGCCUUUUUCAAAAAUGCUUUUUAUCUUGAAUUUAUGACCAUGAGAUUUCUUUCACGUCUUAAGCUGCUGGACCAAUUUGCUCAAGGGAUUCCUGUGAAAAUAGUUUUACCUAGGUCCUUCUUUUCUUAGUGAAAAGGUUCCAGAACUCAAAACCAGAGAAGAGGCUGAAUGUCUCAAGGGUGGACAAAAGGAGCGACCGCAGCCGGGGGCCUCACCUCCAUCCAGCCUCCGCCGGGCUAGUGCGCAGGCCCCACAGCGGGCUGGUGGGCAGGGGGGAGAGGAAGGGGGGACAGUGAGGAAGCGGAACGACAUUCUGGUACACGGCUACAGGAAAAAAAGCCCCAGCCUUCUUUCUGCCAUUUCCGUAAGUCACCCAAGUAGGUUUGAAAAUUAAGAUAAAUUUUAAAAAUAGAUAUAUUGACAAUCAUAAUUGGUCAGGCACUGAUGAAAAAGAUACAUCUCUUUCUGACAGCUUACCAGGGGAACUGAUUCUGUUUCAUCGAAGAUGAACUUACUGUUCAGUUGGACAGGGGUGUUGAUUUAUUUUGAAUGAAACAAGCCGCAUAUGCCAAGUGGUAGGGUGGGCUCUAAAUGAUGUUUUGGUAAGGAGACGUUGAGCUGAAUUUUAUUCCACCAACAAAUUCUAAUCUUUCUUUGGUUUCCUAGUUUGUUUGUGGCACUUUUUCAAGUUUACAGCCUACACUAGAAUCCAUUGAUUUGUACUAAGGUAUUAAAUUACAUUAGUAUUCCUAGCAUAGUUUGUGCUUGAAAGAUCCAGGCAGCUGCCCAGCAUACAGCUCAGUAGUAAUAACCUAUUCUGAUGUAAAUACAUGAUGAAUUCCAGUUUGGUACUGCUCAAGUGAAAAACUUUUUUUUUUCCUAGAUCAGUGUGUGUUGUAAUUUUGAUCUAUAACCCUUGCUAAACUGUUCUUAGCUUCCUGUGAGGUUUCAGUUUUAUAUAGUCGCCUUGGAGGUGCUGCAGCCAGUUGCUAUUUGGAGAUGCUUAAUGAUGCACAGCUAACUGAUACUAAGCCCAAAUGAGAUGUUGGGCCUGAUGAGAGAUCACAGGUGAACAGGGCAAAUUAUUCUAUGCCUAGAGUUGGUGCUGACAAAAAUAUGUAGCAUUUUUGUUCUUCUCCAGUCUAGUUUGAAAAGCAAUCCUUGUUUGUGUCUGUGGUUAUCUGUAUUAACUUGUUUUAAAGAAAAAAAAAAGAUCUGCAAUAAAUUUUGCUAUGAAACUACA